AUGGCAUUGAUUAAGGGGAGAUAUGUAAUUGUAUAUUUCUCAGUCUUGUAUCUCCGGUAUCGUGCUGGUAUUGUCACAGAUGAGAUGCUUUCCAUGCCAAAAGCUCCAUUUCUUGCUGUUGGCCUCUUGGAAGCUCUUGGUGCUGUUACUGGAAUGGCAGCUGGAGCAAUUCUUUCUGGAGCAUCAAUUCCAGUUUUGUCUCAGACGUUUCUUGUUUGGCAAAUUCUCCUGUCAAUUAUUUUCCUUGGAAGGAGAUAUAAGGUCAAUCAACUUUUGGGGUGCUGUUUUGUAGCCAUUGGUGUAAUCAUAACUGUAGCGAGUGGAUCUAGUGCUGGACAUUCAUUAAAAGAAGCUGGUAUAUUUUGGAGUCUUCUCAUGAUAGUUUCAUUUUUGUUCCAAGCAGCUGAUACAGUGCUGAAGGAAGUAAUUUUUCUGGAUGCUCGUCAGCGAUUAAAGGGAAGUUCGGUGGACCUAUUUGUUGUAAAUUCCUUUGGGUCUGCUUUUCAAGCAAUAUUUAUAUGCCUUCUCUUACCUUUUUUGUCAAAAUUAUGGGGUAUUCCAUUUGGUCAAUUGCCAAACUAUCUCAGAGACGGUGCAGCUUGCUUUCUAAAUAUGGGUACCUUAUCAAGUGGAUGUGAUGGUGCCCCCUUACUUCCUUUGCUGUUUGUUGUUGUCAACAUGGGUUUUAACAUAUCGUUGCUGCAUCUUCUCAAGAUAUCUUCUGCGGUGUUAUCUUCCCUCGCAUCAACAUUUUCAGUGCCAAUAUCUGUAUACGUCUUCACAUUGCCGCUACCGUACCUAGGUGUUGCAGCCUCGUUGCCGACAGGCUUUGUUUCUGGAACCAUUAUUCUUCAUAUUGCGGCUCAAGCCGAAAUGCAGGACAUCGGUCUUUUCAUGGCCAUGGCAGAUUACAGGAAGACAAAGAAGGUUGUAAUCCUUGUUCGCGAAACAUGUCCAUUCAUUAUCCUUCAUUCACAAGCAAUAGAAAAGAAGGAAUAA